AUGGUGAAAUCGGGCCCAGGGCCCAGAUUUGAACUAUGGAAGCUUGGAGAUGAUAGCAAGUUGAAGCAUGCAAGUGCUGUGUACAGCAAGUGCAUCGAGCUGGCAGCAGAUGAAGAGGACUUUGAAGACUAUGACAGGAACAUGGUGAAGACAAUUGUUGUGUUCUGCUACAACAACAUGGGCACACAUUUUGCAUUGUAA